AUAAACACAGAGCGCUUUGAGACCACCAGCUGUGGGAUAAACCACGUGGAGGGUCACUGGCUAAAAGACGACAUCCGCUUCAUGAAGAAGACGGAAAAAAACGAAGCUUACAGGAAAUGCAUCGUGCAGCUGGGCACCGUCAUACUAGGGGACGGCACCAAGCAGAGCAACACCAUAGACACCUCCCAACAGUACUUUGAGGAAGAGGAGGAGGUGGAAGAAAUUCAAGAGCCACCAUCUGCUAAGACCAUCACUGUUUUCAGAGAUCCUAAUGAGCUGAAACGGACCAUAACCGGCCUGUCGUGGCAUCCUGAUGGAGGCAGGAAGCUGGCUGCAGCCUACUCCUGCCUUGAGUUCCAGAAAACCUCCAAAACCAUGAGCCUGGACUCCUACAUCUGGGAUAUCAAGAACCCAAACCACCCGGAGACAACUCUGAAACCGUCAUCGCUUCUCGUCUGCCUGGACUACAACCCCAAAGACUCCCACACUCUUGUUGGCGGCAGCUACAAUGGGCAGAUCACUUACUGGGACACCAGGAAAGGCAGCCAGCCUGUGGAGUAUUCUUCUCUGGAGCACAGUCACAGAGAUCCGGUCUACAAGAUCAUCUGGUUGCAGUCCAAGACRGGGAAUGAUGCAUUCUCAGCCUCCACUGACGGACAGGUUUUGUGGUGGGACGUCCGUAAGCUGAGCAAGCCCACGGAUCGUCUGGUUCUGGAUCCGAGCCGGGAGGGGAAUCUAGACCAAGCUUUAGGUGCCAUCUCUCUGGAAUUUGAGGCCACUAUGCCAACUAAGUUCAUGGUGGGGACGGAGCAGGGCCUGGUCAUCUCCUGUAAUCGGAAGGCAAAGAGUCCAGCCGAGAAGAUCGUUUGCACCUACGAAAGCCACCACGGACCWGUCUAUGCCCUGCAGAGGAAUCCAUUCUUCCCCAAAAACUUCCUCACCGUGGGCGACUGGACGGCUCGCAUCUGGUCUGAAGACAUCAAGGAAUCAUCGAUCAUGUGCAGCAAGUAUCAGAUGUCCUACCUGAUGGACGCCUGCUGGAGUCCUGUCAGGCCCUCCAUCUUCUUCACUGUGGAGAAGGAUGGCACGCUGGAUGUCUGGGACAUCCUGUUUGAACAGCAUCACCCCUCGCUUAGUCUGAAGGUGUGUGACAUGCCUCUGUACAGCCUUCGUGUACAAGAUAACGGGCGUCUGGUGGCGUGCGGCUCUCAGUCUGGUGAAGUCACGCUGCUGGAGGUCUGCUCUGGACUGUCGACUCUGAGGAAGAACGAGAAGAGUCUGGUGGCUGCUAUGUUUGAGAGGGAGACAAAGCGGGAGAAGAUCCUGGAGGCCCGUCAGAGGGAGAUCCGUUUGAAGGAGAGGAGUCGCUCUGAACAGAGCAAAGACGACGAAAAAAGGCGAGAGGAGGGCGAGGAAGACGCCGAGCAACUGAUUGCUAGAGUCGAGAGUGACUUCUACAGCCUGGUGGAGGCAGAGCUCAGGAAAAGACAGAUGAGAGAAGAGGCACCACAGGAAAACAACGUCGKCGAAGAAAAGGAAGCAGAGAAUAGGGUCGAACCUGGUAAAAGAAAUUAAGAAACGGCUGAAGCUGAAAAAUAGAAGUGAUUUUUAAAAAAAUGUCUUCAGUCUUAUCUCUGUUACAUUUCAGUACUUUUACAGUUGCCUGUUGUUAUUGUUAUAUGUUGUUAUAGGCUCAUUAUUGGCCAGUUUGUAUAUAUUGUUUGUUUCAAAAAGAAAAAAAUUGUAUAGGUCUUCUGGACGGGUUCUUCUCU